AUGUUAGGACAUGUCCCGCAGUCUAUUUUGUCCGCCAACCCAAAUUUUGCUGAACUGCACAAACAGAUCAUAACGCGCUACCUAACUCCAGACGGCCGGACCAAAGCUUUGGAAGAGACUGAUGUGAACGAUUUUACAGAGGAAAAGAUGACCUAUUUGGAACAUUUGGCCUUGUAUAAUGAAUUGCAAAAGUUGGCUGUGCAAGGCUUUAAACCACCCAAAGACGGUCGGACCCAGGGGGCCCUUUCAGAUGUCUUGGCUUUUGCAGAAACAAGGCAAUUACUAAGAUACCGUCCGAGAGAUCCCGACUUGCGCAGUUCUGGUGUGACUCUACUUGGUUUGACCGAGAAAGACCUUUAUAAGCAGGUAGAAGGACAGUUAGGGACAGUGAAGAAUUCCAAAGAUAUAAUUAUAAAAGCUAUCGAAGAGAGACUAAUAAAACGUUGCGAAGAUAUUGCGAAACUUCAUUAUUCUGGACAAGAAAUUAAUCCGAAAUUACGCCUUGCUAAGGCAUCCCAACUUGAUAUUGUACUGAAAAAGAAAACAAGUCUUAUUGAAUCUACUAAGAUAGAUCAGUUCAACGAUUACUAUCGGUUGGGAGAGACACUAGCAACGUAUCUCGAGGUGACGAAAGAUAUAUUGGAGACCCUGUGGUGUUUACUCGAGGAAUUUAUGUUACGUCACGAAUGUGAAAAAAACAAGGGAUUUAAUGAAUAUUUUUCCGCAAUAGUCAAUUCCAUUAUUUUAAAAUUAAGGGUCCUUCGAAUAAACACUCUUUUGUCUGUGUACGAUAAGGACACGGUUGAAUCUCUAAAAGCCAUCAGAGAAAAACUUCGCGUCGAGGAAAUAUCCAAACAGAUAAAACUACGUGAAGUAGAAGAACUCUUGGGAAAAUACGAGACUUUCGGGUCUGAGUUUGAGGAAAUUAUCAAGGAGUACAUAGCAUUACAGAAAGAUAUUUUAAUCGCGGAAGACAAUCUUCGCCGCAUAACAGGAUAA